UCAGUUAUUUUCCGCCACUGCUUCAACGUUCGUUAUCCGAAGAACAAAAGAGAGGUAGGCCAAGAACAAUCUCUCUUUGCUCCAUCAUUUCGAUCCAAAUUUUAUUUAAUUAGUUGAAUUUCGAGAAAUUUGACACAUGUUUCUUGUAAUCUCUCGAUUGAUCAUCUCCAGUCCGCUCCAGACACUCUCUUUGACUCAAAUUCUAGUUUCUAUGUAUUGAGUUACUCUUCCUGUUAGUUGAAAUUCUAAUGAAUUCAUUGUACGUGCUUGGUUGGAGGCCAGUGUAAGCCAUGGCCUCCUUGAAUUCUAGUGUUUUAAGUAACAUUGAUAGAUGGUCUGAUCGGCGUUCGAAUCCAUCUUUUACGGGUUGUGCUCAGAUCAAUGGAGCCCGUAACGUUAACCCUUUCGGUCGCCUAAAACAGGUUAGGGUUUCUCGGCUUGCCACGGAAGUUGCCGAUGUAUCUGAGUUAAGCCAAGCUGAUAUUGUAGUGAGAGAAGAAGCUUCAGCUGGUGAGGGUUCGAAUUUACAAAACCCAGUUCUUGGCAGUGAGGUUAGGAAGAGUGCAAGGAGCCUCUGGAGGAGAUUUCGUGGAUCGAAGAGAGAAGUUAAAGGUGGAGAAGUUGCUUCUUCGGAAUGUGGUACUAGAAGGAUUAAACAAGAACAAGAGAAACGGUCCAAAUUUGAUUAUAAGGGAAAUGGUAGUGAUUCCAUUUCUGUUAUGGAUAAGGGAUUAGAGGCUGCUGUCUCUGCAAUUGGGUCUGACUCGAGUGUGGCACAUUGUAACUCUAUCUUAAAACGGCUUGAGAGGAGUAGCGACCGCAUGACGUUGAGCUUUUUCGAGUGGAUGCGGAACAACGGAAAACUGAAAAAGAAUGGUCUUGCUUAUAAUUUAGUCCUCAGAGUGUUAAGCAGGAAGGGGGAGUGGGAUUCAGCUGAAAAACUUCUUCGUGAGAUGAGUACUGAUUCUGAAUGCAUACUCAAUUUUCAAGUUUUUAAUACGCUUAUAUAUGCAUGUUAUAGAAGGGGGUUAACUGAUUUGGCAACCAAGUGGUUCCAUUUGAUGUUGCAAAAUGGGGUUCAGCCAAAUAUUGCUACCUUUGGGAUGCUCAUGAACCUUUAUCAGAAGGGUGGCAAUGUUGCAGAAGCAGAGUCCGCGUUUGCAAAGAUGAGGUUCUUCAAGCUGCAUUGUCAUUCUGCUUACUCUGCAAUGAUCACUAUAUAUACCCGUUUAGGUUUAUACGAUAAAUCAGAAGAAAUUAUUGGCCUCAUGAAAGAAGAUCGUGUGAUUCCCAAUUUGGAAAAUUGGUUGGUUCAGCUUAAUGCUUACAGCCAGCAGGGCAAGUUAGAGAAGUCUGAACAAGUAUUGAGAUCAAUGCAAGAAGUGGGGUUUAGCCCAAAUAUUGUUGCAUACAACACGUUGAUUACAGGGUAUGGAAAGGUUUCUAAUAUGGAUGGCGCCCAACGACUAUUCCAAAACCUCAAGAAUGUUGGCUUGGAGCCUGAUGAAACAACUUACAGAUCCAUGAUUGAAGGAUGGGGUAGAGCUGACAAUUACAGAGAAGCCAGGUGGUAUUAUGAUGAACUCAAACGGUCAGGGUUUGAACCUAACUCAUCGAAUUUGUACACAAUGAUAAACUUGCAAGCAAAACAUAAAGAUGAAGAAGGUGCAAUGCAGACUCUUGAGGAUAUGAGUAGGAUAGGCUGCCAGUACUCCUCCAUCCUCAGUAGUGUUCUACGGGCAUAUGAGAAAGUUGGAAGAAUAGACAAAAUACCUCUCAUACUGAAAGGUAAAUUUUAUGAACAUGUUUUGGUUGACCAGACUUCAUGCUCGAUUUUGGUCAUGGCCUAUGUUAAGUGUUCCCUGGUGGAUGAUGCUUUAGAUGUCCUAAAGGACAAACGGUGGAAGGAUCCAAACUUUGAAGACAACCUGUACCAUUUUCUAAUUUGCUCCUGCAAGGAGUUGGGUUAUCAUGAGAAUGCUGUUAAAAUAUUCACUGAAAUGCCCAAACAGGAAGGGAUCCCAAACUUGCACAUUACUUGCACAAUGAUUGACAUAUAUGGUGCCAUGGGCCGUUUUGCAGAUGCAAAAAAUCUCUAUCUGAAUCUGGAAUCUUCAGGAACUUCCUUGGACAUGAUUGCCUAUAGUGUUGUUGUGAGGAUGUAUGCCAAAGCUGGGUCUUUGAACGAAGCUUGUUUGGUCCUAGACAAAAUGGAGAAACAGAAGGACAUUGUUCCAGACAAUUUUUUGUUCCUAGACAUGCUCCGUAUUUAUCAAAAGUGUGGCAUGGUAGAAAAGUUGGCAAACUUGUACUACAAGAUUUUGAAAAGUGGAAUCACAUGGGAUCAGGAAAUGUAUAACUGUGUCAUAAAUUGUUGUGCUCGUGCCUUGCCUGUGGAUGAGCUUUCUCGGCUUUUCAAUGAGAUGAUUCAACGUGGGUUUUCACCCAAUGUCAUUACCUUCAAUGUCAUGCUUGAUGUUUUUGGAAAAGCCAAGCUUUUCAAGAAGGUCAGGAAGGUCUUCUGGAUGGCAAAGAAACGGGGUUUAGUUGAUGUUAUCUCCUAUAAUACGAUCAUAGCAGCCUAUGGACAAAGCAAGGAUUUCAAUAAUAUGACAUCAACAGUUAAAAAAAUGGAAUUUAAUGGGUUUUCUGUUUCUCUAGAAGCUUACAAUUGCAUGUUAGAUGCUUAUGGGAAAGAGGGUCAAAUGGAGAGUUUCAGAAGUGUGUUGCAAAAGAUGAGGGAAUCAAGCUGUGAUUCUGACCACUAUACUUACAACACUAUGAUAAAUAUUUAUGGAGAGCAAGGAUGGAUUGAAGAAGUUGCUAACGUGCUGACUGAACUGAAGGAAUGCGGACUGCAGCCCGAUCUGUGUAGCUACAAUACAUUGAUAAAGGCUUAUGGGAUUGCUGGAAUGGUUGAAGAGGCUGUAGGUGUGGUGAAGGAAAUGAGAGAGAACGGGAUUGAGCCUGAUCAGAUAACUUAUGUUAAUCUCAUCAAUGCACUAAGGAAGAAUGAUAACUUCCUAGAGGCUGUUAAGUGGUCCUUAUGGAUGAAACAGAUGAGAAUGUCAAAUUCAAAAUGCUGAUUUGGACUUGAUUUCUUUGUCAUCAGCUGCCUUUGCCUUGAAAUAUUCAGAAGUAGAUUGAUGCUUCCCAUCACAUUAAAUUUCAGUCGAACUCUUUUUGCAUGUGCUUAUUCUAAGUAUUCAGUGCCUAAAAUGUUCCAAAAUCUUUUGGGGAAAAAAUCCUGUUUACAGGAACUGAUAAAAAAAUCCUGUGAGAGUGCUAAGAUGGUUACCUUACUAUAGAUUUGCUUUUAUUUUAGGAUUAUUCUUCAAUGUAUAGAUGCAAUAGUGAAUUUGCUUCCUCGAAUGUGUAUAGAAGAAAAUAAUAUGAGCGGCAUUUGUAGACCACCUGUAACCAGCAUUCUGAUUUGGUUUAUUACUCCUUGUAAGGCUGCUUUUGUGAACUUUUUUCUGCUUGUAUAGUUGAAAAAGAGGAAGUGAAGUUCCACUGGAGCCCUAUAAUUUUUACCUAAUAAUCAUGUUUAUUCUC